CCAUGGAGCGGCUGGAGCGCUGCGGGCGGUGGCUGCGGGCCGCGCUGGCCGGGGGCCGGGUGCGCCGCCGCCUGCCCGCCGCCCUCCUCGCCAUCGCCCUGCUCGGCUCCGCGCUCAAGGACGGCGACCUGGUGCCCGACACGCCGCUGAGGAACAAGCGCAACCCGCUCAACGUAUACUUCGUGAAGGUGGCCUGGGCUUGGACCCUGUGGCUGCUGCUGCCCUUCAUCGCCCUCACCACGUACCAGCUGGCCCGGACCAAGCUGCUGUACGGGCGGGCGCGGAGCGCGCUGCUGGCGCUGCGGCGGCUGAGCGGGCUGGCCGUGGGCACGGCCGUCUGGUUCGUCUGCACCCAGCUCUUCGUGUACAUCGAGAACCUCACCGGGGAGUGCUCCCUGCCCGCCAGGCCCGGGGACACCCCCCGGCUCUACGCCACCAAGCGCGAGUGCCACCAGGACAGCGGCGUCUGGAACGGCUUCGACAUCUCGGGGCACUGCUUCCUGCUCUCCUACUGCGCCCUCAUGAUCCUGGAGGAGGUGGCCGUGCUGGAGGGCCUGUCCAUGGACCACAACUCCAAGCUGCGCGUGGUGGUCAACGUGCUGUUCGUCUCCCUGUGUUUCCUCACCGUCAUCUGGGUGUUCAUGUUCCUCUGUACUGCCCUGUAUUUCCACGACUUCAGUCAGAAGCUCCUGGGUGUGCUGAUAGGUCUGUCAGGCUGGUACGGGACGUACAGGUUUUGGUACUUGAAACCCUUUUCUCCUGGACUACCUCUUCCAAAUAUACCUUUGAGUUCAAAGAAGUACAGCUACAGCAGAUAAAGUAGGGUUUUAUUUUUUUAAAAUACUUUGGAUUUUGCUUUCAGUACUGGAGUAGUUGAAUGUAGGAACGGUUACUGUAUUUCCACUGUAAGGAGGAAGGUGAUGGGUUGGAGGAAACCAAAUCUGUACUAGCCAGUGACUGGCAGGUGGUAAUGAGCUUCUUCCUUGGGAGAAAAAAAAGUGGUACUGGAAGAGGUCUGCUUUUGAUUAGGAGCUGAUGACUGGCACUGUCAGCAAAGAAAUCAGAAGUUGAAUCUGAUUCUCUCACUAAUAAAUGAAGGAGCAGACCCAGGGCCAACAGAGGCCUCUGCUCUUUAGGAGCUUGACUGAUCUCAAUUAAUUCUCCCUCUUUCUUUUUGAUUCACGUCAAAAUAUUGUGGAUGAUCCAAACCUCAUAAUUUUUUUGUAGUGUUCCUAUUUAUAUUGCCUUAUGGGAAAGCUCUAAUAACGACAGUGCUGCUAAGCAUUGCAAAACUAUCAAGUGUUAAAGCAGUCCUGUUGUGAAACUGGAACAUCUUCUGUUUUCAAGUGUUAAAAACACUAACUUGCCACAAAUGCCUCAUAGCUGUCUGCACCUCCUGCAGCAGAGAGUAAAUCUGAGAUGUAAUGUCUGAAGCAGACUAAAUUCAUGCCUGCCUCUGAAAAGGGAACUCCUGAGAAAAUAAGCCUUAACUUUCUCCUUAGGUGAAGUAGAGACAAUAUUUUGUGAUUUUAUUCUUGAGAG